CACACAAACACAAUUACAGUGAGGUAGCGAAGUUUAUGAGCCAUAAGUUCCAACACAAUAAUAACUUAAUUUAAAUUUAGUUACAGAAUCUAGUUAAAGGGAUUGUUCACCCAAAAAUGAAAAUGAUCUCAUAAUUUACUCACCCUCAUACCAUCCCAGAUGUGUAUGAUUUUCUCAGAUUUUUAGAAGAAUAUCUCAGCUCUGUAGGUCCAUACAAUGCAAGUGAAUGGUGACCAGAACUUUGAAGCUCCAAAAAUUACAUAAAGGCCACAUUAAAGUAAUCCAUCUGACUCCAGUGUUUAAGUAAGGAAUAGUUGACGACUGACCAUUGAAUUGUUCAAAAAUAAUGCACACCCAGAUAUGGUAAUGCGGUCAUGACGCAAAGAAAGUUACACCUCGUGUGUGCAUUAUUUUUCAAUAAUUCAACUGGCCCUAGUAAAUUAUUCCACUUAUAUAGCAAUUACCACACCUUAAAACAUAGUUCAAGGUUUUAUGUCAAGACAUUUUUGUCCAUAAAACGCUCUUGUGAGUGGAACUACUUUAUUCCGCCAUGGAUUCAGCGUCAUGGAUACAGCCUGACCCACUGUUGAUAGUUUGAAAAUGUCACUUUAGAACUAGCAACAGUGUGUGUGUGUGUGUGUUUGCAUGUGUGCAUGAGCAAAAGCGAGAGAAAGAAUAAAAGACAACAGAGAGAUUGUGUUGGAUUACCUGUGUUUGCAGCUCUCGUCAGCAGAAACAUCGCUUCAAAUUGCCAAGAUGCAAGUUUAAGUAUACUUCUCAGUGUCACCAUUUUUGUAUAUAGGUUUCUGGUUGCUACAUAACUGUUUUAUGAAGUUUCGUGGGUCUGUUGACAUCGCUAUGUGUCAGGCUCCCAAGUAUGUGUGUGGAAAAAUAAUGUGUGUGUUAGGGUGGGUGAGAGAGGGGAAGUGGGAGCACGAGGGUGCUUUCCAGUGAGGCUGAUUAGGGCAAAAUAAAAUUAAACACCUGCACAUAAGUAAUUUUGUAUAAUUUAGAAACUGAUGUAUUUUGUGUGUGAGAGUGUGGUUGAGACGAGAGUGAAAGAGAGAGAGAGGGAGCACAAGGCCACUUUUCAACCGAAAUUGAAAUAAAUGUAGUAUAUUAUAGACCUUGUAUGUAAUUCUUAUCUGAUGUAUUUAUCCAAAGUCAUUGUUUUAUUUGGUUAUUUUGCUGUGGUAGCCUGUACAGCUAUUUGAAAUAACUGAAAUAAUUUGGCAAAGUGAUAUGGAACUGUUAUGCGGUCAAGACCUGGAACUACUUCAUAGCCGUGCGUUUACUUGAAGAAAUAUUGCACACCUUAGAAAGUCUGUUAACCAGACAGAAUCAAUAAUUUAACAGACCUGUUGUAUAAAUCUAUAUCUUCAGAGGUGAUGUAGUGUGGGUGAGAAGCAGAUCAAUAUUUAAGUCCUUUUUUUCAUAAAUCUUCACUUUCAUUUUCAAAAUGUGAAAGAAUAUGAAAGUGAAAAUGUAGAUUUAUAGUAAAAAAAGAUCUUAAAUAUUGACAUGUUUCUCAGCCACUCAACAUCACUUCUGAAGAUAUAGAUUUAAAUCUUAUGGAUUACUUUUGUGCUGCCUUUAUCUGAUUUUUGAAGCUUCAAAUUUCUGGUCACCAUUGACUUGCAUUGUAUGGACCUGCAGAGCUGAAAUAUUCUUCUAAAAAUAUCUUUGUGGUCUGCAGAAAGUCAUAUACAUCUGCAGUGGAAAUAAUAAAUAAUUAAUUAAUUAAUAAAUAAAUAAUAAAAAAGAUAUGUUGUUGGGGUGAACUGCUACUUUAAGAGUAUACAAAAACAUCUGACAAAAACACAGAAACAUGUUUUUUCACAACUAGAUUUGAUGUUUGACAAUGUCUGGUUUAAAUUGUGCACAUUUUUAAAAAUAAAUCAAUCUAAUUGCAAGACUACACUCCAAAAAAUAUUUUAGCCUAUUUUUAAGAUGAAUCCAUUUCAGUUUAAUAACAAAUUUCCAUCUAAUUGUAUUGCCUAAUCUUUAACUAAAUAAAAUGUAUAAAUCUUUUUUUUUUUUUUUUACUUUUAAGGCUCUCUCUCUUUCUCUCUCCCUCUCUAUUUCUUUAAUGUCCUGAUGAGUCAUGUGUGAGUUCACAGUAUUUUCUUGCUCAAGCAGUUUGAUGUGUAAGAAACGAGCACCUUUCUCGUGGUGGUGAAAUAAAGAUGCUUUCAUAAAACCGUUUUGUAGGGAACUUUAUUUUGAAUGAUUAAAAGCAGAAUAUUAGGAUUACGAACAAAUUUGAUGUACAAAUAUUUCAUGAAUAACACAACAUGUUAGUCCAAUGACUGUGAACGCUGAAUGCGGAUGCGUUCACAACAGCGCCGCCAUGUGUCGAAAAUUGUAAUAGUAAAAACCGCAACCUUGAGACAACGAUUAUAAUGUUUAUGCUAUGUAUUUGUUUUAUACAUAUCAAUAAGUGCUACUUAUUGUUUCCAUAUAAUAUUAAAUAAUAAUGUAAAUAUUUUGAAGGUAGCUAGCCUAUAUUGAAGGGUUGAAGCAAGUUACUUGGCGUGUGGGAAAGUGAAAAAUGAAAAAGUAUAUGCACAUGAACUAAAUCUAGACAGGAAGAGGUAAAGUGAAAUGACCACACUUUGCUUGUAACCUUUGAAUUUCGCACAUCCUCUUUGAUGUAACAGAUAUAGAUCCGUACUUGUAUCUCAAAACCUCGUUAGCCCCCUACAUAGACAGCUUGUUUGGACAUCCUUGAGGCGUGCUGCGCUUGUGUGGAUGAUUUUCUAGGAUGCUUUGAAAUGCUGUCUAGGUAGGAAGCUCACGAGAUUUUAAGACACAAGUUGUUGAUAAUGACGCCCAGCACAUUGACGAGCUGAUUUCAAACGACCUCUCACAUCUAUGGUUAUGAAGUCUAUUGUGAUAGUGACCUUUCUCCUUCACUGUGUGGGACAAAGGCCGAUACUAGGGCAGGAGCCAUUGUGUCAAUCUUUGCCUUCAUGUUCUGAAUGUAUAACGAGUCCUGGAUGUGCGUGGUGCACACAGACGGGCUUCCUGAAAUCAGGUGAAUCUAAUGAACGGCGCUGUGAUACUCCUGAGUCUCUUCAGACUAGAAGUUGUAAAGAGGAAUAUGUGAUCAAUCCUGUAAAACAUCCCAAGACCUACAUGAAGAACAACGACCUCAGCAGUGAUGCUGAAAAUGUGGUCCAGCUUAAACCUCAGAAUGUCAAGAUUAAACUCAGAGUUGGAGUUCCAUAUGAAUUCAACAUUGAGUUCAAGAGGGCGCAGGGUUACCCUAUAGACCUGUACUACCUAAUGGAUCUGAGCUAUUCCAUGAAAGAUGAUCUGGAACAAAUUAAAACCCUGGGGCAGAAAAUACUUAGAAAGCUGAAGGAGAUCACACAGACUGUUCGAAUCGGUUUUGGCUCUUUUGUUGAUAAGCAGAUGUUGCCGUACGUCAGUCAAGUGAAGGAAAAACGUCAGAACCCCUGCCCCAAUCGUAUAGAUACCUGCCAACCAGCUUUUAGUUUUCAAAAUGUGCUGCCAUUGACUGACAAUGCCAAGGAGUUUAAAAAGGAGGUUAGCAAACAGAAAAUCUCUGGCAACCUAGACUCCCCUGAGGCUGGUCUGGAUGCUAUAAUGCAGGCUGCAGUCUGUAAGGAUAAGAUCAAAUGGGGGGAUGUGACACGGAUUCUGGUUUACACAUCUGAUGAUACUUUCCACAUGGCAGGCGAUGGAAGGCUAGCUGGGGUCUAUCAGCCACACAAUGGAGAGUGUCAUCUUAAUGACAAAGGCUCUUAUGAUGGAAAAUCUUAUGAUUACCCAUCAGUGGGCCAUCUAUCAAGAGUUCUGCAAGAUAACAAUAUUCAGCUGAUAUUUGCAGUGACUGAGGGCAUCUAUCCAGCAUAUAAGGCAUUGAGUGCAUUGAUCCCUCAGUCAGUGGUUGGUGUUUUGAAGAAUGACUCCAGCAAUGUGGUUGAUCUCAUCUCUGAAGCCUAUGGGAACUUGUCGUCCACUCUGGUGUUGGAGCAGGAGGGAGCUCCAGAAGAACUGCAUGUGUCCUACAGGUCCAACUGUAAAGGGAAUCAGGCAGGCACUGAAUGGAAGGAGAAAGGAGAGUGUAAAGACAUCAAACAUGAGAAGGUGCAAUUCCAAGUACGUUUAAACAUGACUAAGUGUCUAAAGAAGCCUCAGACAUUUCGGAUAAAAAUGCAAGGUAUCAGUGAGGAAGUUAAGGUCAAUGUGGAAACAGUGUGCGACUGUGACUGUGAUCCACCAGAGGAGUCUUCUCAACACUGUAAUGGCACAGGAACUUUGUUAUGCGGUGUGUGCAGAUGUAAGGGAAAUUCUUUGGGACAGCACUGCGAGUGUGAGAAACAGGAGGAUAUGGACUCUACCCUUACAAUGCUGGCAUCCUGUCGGCCUGACAACAACUCACAGGUUUGCAAUGGGAACGGCAUCUGUGAGUGUGGCAAGUGUGUGUGUCAUGGCCAGUACAGCGGGCAGUACUGCCUGUGUGAUGACAGUAGUUGCGAACGUCAUAACAACAAGUUGUGUAACGGGAAAGGCUCAUGUAAAUGUGGCAAGUGUUUGUGUGAGGAAAACUACACAGGGACAGCAUGUGAUUGCUCACCAAGCACAGACAAGUGUGUGGGUGAAUUAGGGCUUUGCAGUAGCCAAGGUGAAUGCAUUUGCAACCAAUGUAAGUGUAAGGAUGGCUUCAGGGGAGAUCACUGCUCUGCGUUCAUCAAUGUAUGCACACAAUUUAAGGACUGUGUGGCAUGCCUUGUGGAUGAAUCUCAUACUGUUUGUGCUAAAAGGUGUUCGGCUACUGAAAUAUUGCAUCUUAAGGGCACUCAUGAGCUGCAGUGCACAUAUAAAGACACCAAUUCCUAUGAUGUUAAACUUGGCUCUAAAGGCGAAGUUCUGCUUCAGAUUGCUGAGCUGCCACGUUCCAUCGAUAAAACUACACUUAUCAUUGGCAGCUCUGUCUCAAGCAUAAUUGUUAUUGGCAUUGUAAUAAUCAUUAUUUACCGUGUCCUGCUGGAGUUGUAUGACAUUAGAGAAUAUCAAAACUUUGUAAAAGCAGAAAAACAGACUGAAUGGAAAGAGGUUCAGAAUCCCCUUUUCCAAGGUGCCACAACAACAGUGCUCAACCCUUUGCAUGUGCAAGAUGAUGAGUGACAUCAGGUUGCCAGUUAUUUCAUUUAAAGAGAUUGAGGAUCUUUGAAACAUUGUUGUUGUAAUAUAAUUUUGUAUUUUGCAUAGCUUUUUUGUUGAAUAUUUUACACUGUGCCAAUUUAACUUAAUAAAAAAUGUAUAUUCUAAACUAGCAAUAAAAUAUGUAAAACAUGACAAUGUGGAAGAACAUAUAUUGUUUUAUGAGAUAUUUUUGGCGCUGUAAGUUGCAAAGCUAAGUGCAUUUUUGACAAUUUGUUUUGUACCCAACUCUGGCCCAUCUUAUCACCAACUAUUCUGUAUUCUGUUGUUCAUACUAAAUCAAGAAUAGGAUUGUUAUAAAUAUUGUGAUAUACUCUGUGAAUAAGCAUGCAAAUUAUUAUGUCUUUUUUUUUUUUGCUUUAUCAGUAUAAAAACAAUAUUAAACAUGCCUUAA